AUGAUCGAACGUGGCACCACCAGUUACUUGGGGAGUACUAAUGUUGAUCUCAAAAAUGACUUCGUUAAAAGUUUCGGCAGCAGUGCUAGUAAAAGUGGCGAUAAGGGAGAUUGUAACGUCGAGCCAAGUGGAUUUGGCAUUUACCUUGGUCUAAGUGGCAGCAGCAGCAGUGAAAGUGGUGGGUCGUCUUUGGUCAUCGCCUCACCCCUCCGCGUCACCCCAGACGCCUUGCUUCUACCAGGUGUGUCGGCGGCGGAUGCCGACACUUCACCGAUGCCAUUCACGCCGACUCCUACACCACUGUCAACUAAGCAGGCUUUUCUUGCUGACACUGUACCGAACGAAACUGCGAAAAGCUCAUACACCCUUCCUGCUCAAUCGUCUUCCCUAUCCUUUCUUCAAUCUACUCGUCCAUCUUCCCUGCCCCCCACUGAUAUUCUAAUUGCUCGCAGACCUAUUGCCCACACUAGGCCGAAACGUCUGUCAACAUCUGAAAGCCAAGCCGGAUUGGUGGAUCUACCCUCAUCCGCUCCACAAUGGCCUCUCCAACAGGUAGGACGUUAA